GAAGCAGAGAGGAAGAAACAAAAAAAAGAUGCAGUAAGACAGCCACAGGGAGGUCAUUAUGGUCUGUACAACCAGGGCGCCACAUGUUACCUCAACAGUGUCCUGCAAGUUCUCUUCAUGACACCAGAGAUCCAUGACAGGUUGAAUCCAAAAUCACAGGUCACAGAUGAAGAGCUGAGAAACCUCUUUAAAAGACUGAAAGAAACUACAUCUGGAACAGAAAAUAUCACAAAGAGUUUGAAGAUUAAAAACGUUUGUCAGCAACGUGAUGCAGCUGAAUGCCUGGAGAUGAUUUUACAGAAAGUCAGCCCACAGGCCUCUGAGGUUUUCAAAGGACAGCUGAGAUACACAACAAAAUGUACCGAAGGCCACAGCAUCAUUGAAGAGACUAAUCCAUUCUGGACUCUUCCUCUGUCACUAAAAGAUACCCAUGAUGAUAGAACCUACAGUGUGGGAGAAGGCUUUGAAAGAAUUUUCCAGCAGAAAUCAUUCAGUGGAGACAACAUGGUGUACUGCAACGAAUGUGAAGAGAAAACAGAAGCGACCACUGGAUGUGAGAUGGUGAUAUAUCCUCAGAUUCUGAUUCUUCUCCUCAAGAGAUUUGACUUUGACUACAGGACCAUGUCAUAUUUCAAAUCACACCGCUGUGUCGACGUGCCACGAACGUUACAGAGAAAGGACAAGGAGUACAAACUGUAUGGGAUGGUGCAUCACAACAGCAGUCUGAGAGGAGGACAUUACACAGCCACCAUCCUGUGCAGUGAGGACAAAACCUGGUAUGAGUUUAAUGACGCUCACGUCAGCAAGGUGAGGGGGACUUUACUUCCUCUACUCCAUUAGGGCUGUACACACUCAAAACAAACCAACAGAAAGAUUUGAAAUGAAAUGCUAAUUUGUUGACAGUGUUCAUUCUUUCAAUGAUGCAGGUUAAACUACAGCCAUUUGCAUAAACCUCAUCUUACAAGUAUGUUAAAUAUUAUCAAUAGUGAAUGAGAUUUAUUACAUUUUCCAGAAGUGUUGACUUGGUUUUGUCAUAUUUUUGUUGUUCUAUGCAAACAGUAACUUUAGAUUAUUGUUCACCAGGUCCCAGACUGCAUAUCUGCUCAUGUACAGAGGUAACAUUAAAUCAAUACACAGAGAAAUCAUGUCAAGAAGUGGAGGAGAAAGGGACACUGGAAAUGAAAAGAAGAGAAAAACAGGACAGAAUGAAGAAGAUGAUGUGCAGAUGAAAAGACAUGAGGCAUCAGGCCAUCAGGCUGGAGGAGAGAAGGAAUCAGAUGCUGCACCAAAGAGGGGACAAUGUUGCUCUAAAUUAAGAUCAUUUUUUAAGUGUUUAUGCUGUAUAAACUCAAGUGGGACAGAUGAUGCAGCUGAAAAGAAAAAAAAAUGUGUAAAAAAAAAAAGAGGGGGAGGGACAGAUGAGAAAAGACUCAUAGAAAAUUCAUUCCCAGGGUGAAGGAGAAGAGAGGAAGGCACAAUGUGAAAAGAAGUUAAACACUGAGGUUUGAUGUGAGACAGAGCUUAUUGAUGGUUUGAUCAACACAGAAGUGAAAAUGGGCAGCACGGGGGUGCAGUGGUUAGCUUAAAAAAAAAAUCAUAUAUAUCCAAUCUUGUGUAUAUACAUGUCGUAGCCAGCAGAGAGGUUGUGGUGACUUUUGAUGUGUUGUGAUAGUGAUCAGAGAACGUUUUAUUUUGUUUGAUCCUGAUGAUGUUUUUUCCUUUUAAAGACACAUCAGCUCUGAUUUGAUGAAUUUAAAACAUGCACCAACUUUGUAAAAUUUUAAACAUGAAUCAUACUUUGAUAACAAAGCUGUAUGUUGAACAUCUUCUUCUGUCAACCACAUUUAACCAGCGAAAUGUUGCAGCACUGAUCUAAAAGGAAAAACUAGGUUUCUAGAUGCUUUGUAAAUGUGAAUAAAGACAAUACAAAUUUUUACAAUGCA